AUGGCGGCGACGUCGACGUGCAGCCAGUCAAUGAGGCGUCUACGUAUCUAUGGUCCUGUACCGUUCAGUGUUCAUAGAGCUGUGUUAGCCUCCGCUACCGUCUGGUCUCCUUCUCUGUCUCUGGUCUGAGUGGUUUCAGAUGUCAGUUCUUAGGACCUCAGCCUGGGCCAAAGGUUCCCCUUCCAACAUGACAGAGACCUAAGACCACGGCCAGGACACCACAGGAGUGGAUUAGAGAUGGCUCAGUGUAUUUCCUAUAGGGGCCCAGCCAGAGCCCUGACCUGAACCCUAUCCAACAUGUCUGGAGAGACCUGGAAAUGUCAGUCCACUCACAGUCCCCAUCCAACCCGACUGAGCCUGAGAGGAUUUGCAAAGGAGAAUGGCAGAAAAUCCCCUGAUCCAGAUUUCCAGCAGCUGUUGGUGAGUCAAAAAGAGCUUCUUCAGGAGAAGAUGGAGCCUCCACACAUUAAAACGGAAGAGGAGGAACUGUGGAUCAGUCAGGAGCAUUUUCAAGGACUGGAAGAGUUCCCCUUCACGCCUGUGUCUGUGAAGAGUGAAGAUGAUGAAGAGAAACCUCAGCCCUCUCUGUUUCAUCAGAGACAGAGUGAAGGGACGGACAUGGGAGCUGAUGGAGAGGACUAUGGAGGAGCAGAGACAGAGACACAUUCACAACCAGAGACUGAGGUCAAGAUUGAAGACUCCUCUGGAAAUGAGACUGAAGACUCUUCAGAAGCUGAUACUGACGACAGUGAGGACUGGAGGAGUACAAAAGCACACCAGGCAGGUUUAAAUUCUGUCAUAAGAAGUGCAGUAGAGAGACCAAUGACUGAGAAGAAACCACACUGCUGCCCUGAGUGUGGGAGGAGAUUCAAACGGAAAUUAAAUCUGACCAGACACAAGAAAAUUCACACAGGAGAGAAACCCUUCAUCUGCCCAGUGUGUGGUAAAACAUUCUGCCAGAAACAAUAUCUUAAAGCACACUUGAUCAGCCACACAGGAGAGAAACCAUGGAGCUGCUCUGAAUGUGGCAAAGGACUGAAAACCAAAGAAAACCUGACUGCACAUAUGAGAGUUCACACUGGGGAGAAACCCUUCUGCUGCCCUGAGUGUCACACACAGUUUAGAACUCAAAAAAAUCUGCUUCAGCACAUGUCAGUUCACACAGAAGAGAAACCCUUCUACUGCUCCGAGUGUGGUAAAAGAUACAAACAAAAGUCUACUCUGAAACACCACAUGGCACAGCACACAGGAGAGCAACCGUUCAGCUGCAGCGUCUGUAACCAGAGGUUCUCUUGGCCUGCACAGUUUCGGUUACACAGGAGUGUCUGUGGUCGGUCCUCAGAGCUUCAUCAGAGCCAGACACAUGAGGUCAGAGAGGCAGAGACAGGAGCUGAGGAGAGGACAGUAAAGUAGCAGAGGCAAAGACGGAGUCAUGCUGCCUCUCAUUUACCUCAGAAGGCAGAUGUCAGAGCUGGAAAAGGCAUUAAACCUAAGUCUGGAUGGCUUAUCCAUCUGGAGUGCUGCUUUAACUGGAACAUUCCAGAGAGACUUCAUUCCUAAAUGAUCCUCCUUUUCUGCCAUGACUGAGCUAAGGUUUAGAGUUUACGUUGUUGUAACACUGAGGGCAGAGACACUGCAAGAGAGGGCAGCUCUCAAAGAAAUUAAAAACAUAAAACAAAAAUAUCACACAGGUCUUCACCAUCAUGUUCAUAUGUGGCUCCCUUCACCACCUCCAUGCUGCAGAGGAUAUCAUUCCAGUUUAGAGUGAUAGUUGACAUCCCACAAUGCAUCUGACACAGUGUCAAAACAAUCUGAUGUGGAAUUUCACAAUAAAAGACAUCUAUGAAUGCACCGUGUCUCCCAGAAAUUGUUGCAAUUACAAAUGUUUUUGGUAUACACAGGUUUAUUUCAUUUAUGUGCAU